CGAACUUCGUAUACAAGGUUCCCGCGAGGGAAACUCGGACCAAUCAAACCAACGACGCUCUCUCGUCGUCGUUCCGGUGGCUGAGCAGCGCCGGUGGUGCCGACGUUGACCGCUGUGUGGUGGUUGCGGUGGUGGGCCUAGAGCCUAACCGAAUUCAACUGUUGAAUAAAAUGGAGGCGGCGUUGGGGCUGAUGCGACGGAUUCAUCCCAAGCACUCGGAGACGGCUCUCUCCGCGCUGCUCGGCCUCUUGCCUCACCACUCCUCCGAUCUCCUCUCUCAAGUCGAUCAGCCUCUCCAGGUUUUAUGUGAUGUGGACAGUGGAAAGGAGUUUAUAUUGUGUGAAUACAACAGAGAUGCUGACUCUUACAGAUCACCUUGGUCAAAUAAAUACCAUCCACCACUGGAAGACGGCCCCUACCCAUCUUCAGAGUUGAGGAAACUUGAAAUUGAAGCAAAUGAAGUCUUCUCAAUUUACCGUGACCAGUAUUAUGAAGGUGGCAUUUCAUCAGUUUAUAUGUGGGAGGACGAGAAUGAAGGAUUUGUGGGUUGCUUCUUAAUAAAGAAAGAUGGAUCAAAGACAGGACAUGGCAGAAGAGGUUAUCUGCAGGAGGGGUCAUGGGAUGCUAUACAUGUUAUAGAGGUUGGGCCAGAUGAGGAAGGAAUAACCCAUUACUGUUUAACCAGUACUGUUAUGCUGUCAUUGACUACAAAUGAUCAGUCAUCAGGCACAUUCAGUUUGUCAGGAUCAAUUCGAAGACAGAUGAAUAUGGAUCUCUCAAUUGCUGAUGGCCAUCUUUGUAACAUGGGAAAGAUGAUAGAAGAGAUGGAGAGUAAGCUGAGAAACUCUUUGGAUCAGGUUUAUUUUGGGAAGACAAAAGAGAUGGUUUGCACUUUGCGCCCACCAGCUGAAGUGCUGCCAAUGAGACUGCCGGACAGCUGAUAUAUGAUAUCGUUGGGUGAGCACAUAAAGAUGGAAAAUUACUCGGCUUUCAAACCUGCAUCAAAACCGUGUGAGAUUAGGACAUGAUGUAUUCUGAAUACAUUUUUAUGUUUCUGGUAUUUGCAGUCCAUAUUUAAUACAAGUCAUUGUUCAAAAUUUGGAUUAGACUGGUGGAGGCCAUCUGUUGUGGCUCUGGUAAAAAAGAUGAGCACUCUUUUAAAUUAAAAGUUCUAUGUUGUGGUUCUUUACA